UGGCGGCUUCUGUGGAUUUCACAUCCCCAAAAUGGGCAGAAGAGGGUCUGCUAGUUCUUCGUCUUCACUUGAAAGCAGCAACUAUCCAGCUCUUUCAAGUAGGUCUUCUCUCUAUCAGCAUAAUAGAGACCUUAGCACAGAUCUUAGGCUUGGACUUAGCAUUGCAACUUCUAGUCAAGGCAAUCCUUCUACACCAAGUGUUAGUGAGUCAGAUUGGCCACCCAUCAAGCCGUUUCUAAAGGAGACACUAGCAGCUGAAGAAAAUGAGUGCAACAGUGCUACCUUCUUUGUCAAGGUUUACAUGGAAGGCAUUCCAAUUGGCAGAAAACUCGACCUAUUAGCCCAUGAUGGUUACCACAACUUAAUAAGGACUCUUGAUCAUAUGUUCAACACUACCAUUAUCUGGGCUGAAAUGGAUGGUGAACAUUCAGAACAGUACCAUGUGUUGACAUAUGAAGACAAAGAAGGAGAUUGGUUGAUGGUUGGGGAUGUACCAUGGGAGAUGUUCUUAUCCUCAGUAAGGAGAUUGAAGAUCACAAGAGCAGAUAUAUAACUCUGAUCCUUUUGUAGUGUUUUUCAUCCUUUAUGAAGUGGCUUACUCGCUUUCGUUCUCAGCUGGGGAUCAUUGAAAAUAAAUAACUAGGCUGGAAGAUGGUAGUGAAAAUGUUUGAGAAUCAAAGAUGUACAUUCCUAUAAAAAGAAAUGAUAGAAAAAAAGAAUUUUGCCAUUUGCUUGUAAA